AUUACCGACGACUUUGGCAUCUACAACACAACACCAUCUAUACGAUCUGUAUAUAAGCUAGAGAAAACCAGACCCUGAAGCGAUCUUCAAUCAGAUCGAUCUGAGAGAGCCACAUUCUGUACGUUUCAUCAUUCAAGAAAAUCUUCAUAGCUAGCCAUGAAGCCACAUUUUCUUUCACUCUCCUUGUUAUUGUUUUCGUUGAUCCUAGCAUCAUCCACACCAGCCACAACUUUCUCUGUUGUCGACCUGACAAAAUACCAUCAAAUCGAGCUCCCAAGUAGCAUCGUUGGUCCUGAGAGCGUUGCAUUCGAUUGCGCCGGAAAAGGGCCUUAUGUUGGAGUUUCAGAUGGAAGAAUUCUCAAAUGGCAAGGGCCUCACCGGGGCUGGAAGGAGUUUGCCUUCACCUCCCCAACCAGGAAAAUAUGUGAUCGUUCAACCGAUAAUGCGACUGAACCAAUAUGUGGAAGGCCACUAGGUCUGAAGUUCCACCCAAAAACUUGUGAACUCUAUAUUGCAGAUGCCUACUUCGGGAUCUUGAAGAUAGGUCGCAAUGGUGGUCAUCCUCAACAACUUGCCACUUCCCUAAACGGAGUCCCUUUCCGUUUUACGAAUGCUCUGGAGAUUGAUAGUCACACUGGAAUUGUCUAUUUUACAGACACCAGCACAAUUUUCCAAAGAAGGUUUUGGCCUUUGUCAAUUGCCACCGGUGACAAAACCGGGAGGUUAUUGCAAUAUGACCCUUGUACAAAGAAGGUGACUGUGUUGCUCGAUAAGUUGGCCUUUGCAAAUGGUGUGGCUCUAAGCAAGGACAGUUCUUUCCUCCUAGUAGCCGAAUCUGCGACAUCCAAAAUCUUCAAGCUUUGGCUUCGAGGACCCAAUGCCGGUGAUGUAGAACUCUUUACUCAACUGAAAAGGCCAGCCGAUAACAUUAAGAGAACCGACAAUGGUGAAUUUUGGGUUGCACUAAAUAGUCGAAGAGCAUUACAGGGAAACCAGACUUCUUCAGCAUUUUGGUUGACGAAAGAUCCGGUGGGAGUGAAGUUUGAUGAGCAAGGAAACAUUGUGAAAGUUUUGGAUGGAGAGGGUGGUCCGACGCUGGAGUCUGUGAGUGAGGUUGAAGAACACAAUGGAAAGUUGUGGAUUGGAUCAGUAGUGAAGCCCUAUGUCGGUGUGUUGCGACUUGUUAGUACAUUAUAA